AGCUAUACAAUCAGCUCAUGCCCCUGAUCCCGUAAUGACUGUGAUAACUGUUAACCCGGUCUUCAUUCACAGAAAGCAAGUCAGCCAACUGCAGACGACUGCAGUUUACUUGUGCUCGACAGUCGAAUGCUCAGCUACCAUACACUUGAUAAUGGUCCCGACAAAGAGAAAUAUGAAACACUUCAUGUCAUAAUUCCCAUGUUCUCUCAAUAGUUUGCAGCUCUAUUAUACCUGUAUCCCAAGUGUUUC